AUGCUUUUCCUAGCAGUACUGUCAGUGGCUUCUCUAACUAAAGCUGAAGAUGAUGCCUGCAGACUUCUUGGCCCACUUGCCACCUCUCCACUUUUUCAGCUUGGAGAUAUUGUAAUUGGUGCAAUCUUUUCAAUCCACAAUUCUGUUGGCGGUGUGAAUCCCAGCUUUACAGCAAGGCCGGACCCCUUGAUAUGCAAAAGUUUAAAUUUUAGAGAAUUGCAGUUUGCUCAGACUGUGGCCUUUGCUGUGGAUGAAAUAAAUACCAACUAUGACAUUCUUCCUGGGUUUAAAGUGGGAUACAAAGUUUAUGAUUCCUGUGGCUCUGUAUCUCUAGCUUUAAUGGCAGCUUUGGACUUUGCAAAUGGACAGGACAUACAAUUCUCUGCAAAUUCCUCUUGUCCCACACAACACUUUGUCUCAGCAAUAAUAGGGGAGAGUACAUCCACGUCAUCUCUAGCACUUGCAUCAACAUUUGCCACUUUUCGGAUUCCUCUGAUAAGUCAUUGUGCCACCUGUGACUGUCUAAGUAAUAGAAAUGAAUUUCCUUCAUUUUUUAGAACUAUACCAAGUGACUCCUUUCAGACCACUGCACUAGUUAAACUUAUGAAAUACUUUGGCUGGUCAUGGAUUGGCACAGUUCGCAGUGACAAUGACUACGGAAACACUGGGAUGUCAGCAUUCAUAACAAAGGCACAGAAAGAAGGCAUUUGCAUUGAAUAUUCAGUGAGUCUUUACAGGUCAGAUUCAAGAGAAAAACUACAGAAAAUCAUUGACAUAAUAAAAACAUCAACUUCUAAAGUUGUGCUAAUUUUCAUGAAUACAGCUGAUGCUAUGAUUCUGUUUAAAGAACUUAAUUCACAAAAUGUUACUGGCAUUCAGUUUGUAGGAUCUGAAGCCUGGGUUACUGAUCCUGUAUUAAUCUCAAAUGAAGAAUACAGAUUUCUGACUGGCACAAUUGGUGUUGGGAUACCAAAAAAAGUUAUCCCAGGACUUGAAGAAUAUCUGUAUAAUAUUAAUACACGCAAAAUUUAUACAAGUCCUCUUAUGAUGGAAUUUUGGGAAGAAGUAUUUAAUUGUACUUUCCGUAAGAAUGCAGGCGUAAAUGAAAAGUUAUGUACAGGCUUAGAAAAUUUGCGCAACAUCAGUCACCCCUACACUGAUGUUUCUAAUUUGAGGGUCGCUUAUAAUGUUUACAAGGCUGUAUACCUUGCAGCUCAUGCAAUGAAUAAUUUGCUGCCGUGUGGAAAAGGACUUGAAUAUUUGUACCGAACAGACUGUGUGAAAACCAUCAAUAUCCAGCCUUGGCAGGUUGCCAAUCAAUUAAAAUCAAUAAACUUUACAUUUAAAACUGGAGAAGAUGUAUAUUUUAAUGAAAACCAGACAGCUAACGCCAGGUAUGAUGUAAUAAACUGGCAGAUUAAAAAUGGAAAGACUAGAAUUGUUACUAUAGGAUAUUAUGACACAUCUGCACCAAAUGGAAGUACAUUUUGGAUCAAUAAUACAAGAAUUAUGUGGACAGAUGGCCAGAACAAUAUGGUUCCGAAAUCCGUAUGCAGUGACAGCUGCACGGCUGGUACUCGAAAAGCAUUUAGGAAAGGAAGACCGGUGUGCUGUUUUGAUUGUAUCCCAUGUACAACUGGAAAAAUCAGCAAUGCUACAGAUGCUGUUGACUGCUUUCCAUGUCCUUGGAAAUACUGGCCCAAUACUGGAAAAAGUCAAUGCAUACUCAAAAAAAUUGAUUUCCUCUCAUAUAAUGAAAUUCUGGGAACCAUUUUAGUGGUCCUUCCAGUGAGUGGAGCAUUUUUAACCUUUUCUGUGGCUAUUAUUUUCUUUCAUCACAGGCGGACUCCUAUUGUUAAAGCAAAUAAUUCAGAACUGAGCUUUCUUCUCCUGUUUUCCUUAACCCUGUGCUUUCUUUGUUCACUGACUUUCAUUGGUGAGCCCUCUGACUGGUCAUGUAUUUUACGGCAUAUAGCCUUUGGAAUUACAUUUGUGCUCUGCAUCUCUUGCAUACUGGUAAAAACAAUAGUGGUGCUAAUGGCUUUUAAAGCUUCUCAGCCUGGUAACAAGAUUAAGAAAUGGUUUGGGCCUGUGCAACAGAAACUCAGUGUAGCUGCAAGUACAUUUGUCCAGAUUGUUAUAUGCACCCUUUGGUUAACAUUGUCGCCUCCAUUUUUAUAUCAUAACACAAAACUUUUCAAAGACACCAUUAUUUUGGAAUGUGAUGUGGGGUCACCAAUAGCUUUUUAUCUGGUGUUAGGUUACAUUGGACUACUUUCUGGUAUGUGCUUUGUUUUUGCUUUUCUGGCUCGUCAACUACCAGAUAACUUUAAUGAAGCUAAACACAUCACAUUUAGCAUGCUAAUAUUCUGUGCUGUUUGGCUUACCUUCAUUCCAGCUUACAUUAGCUCACCUGGGAAAUAUAUUGUGGCUGUUGAGACAUUUGCCAUUUUAUCUUCAAGCUUUGGCCUGCUUUUGUGUAUUUUUGCCCCAAAGUGUUAUAUCAUAUUACUAAAUCCUGAGAAGAACACAAGAAAGCAUUUGAUGGGAAAAAAUGUUUCAAAAUCACUGUGA